AUGACAAGUAUUCAAGGAAAUUCGUCCGGUAAUGAAAUGAUUGGUACCAGCUCGGAUUAUGGUAGGGUGACAGUAGAGUCUGCGUUUCGAACAAUACCCUUGAUACUGGUGAGUAUCGCUUCGUUCAUCGGCAAUUCAAUGGUCCUGCUAGCGAUUUACCGUUUCAAGAACCUGCGAACGUUUUCAAACAUGUACAUUGGAAGUUUAGCAAUCACAGACGUGACCGGAUCAAUGCUGAUGCCAUUUAGUUACAUCACAGUCUUAACCAACGGCCGUUGGUUAUUUGGCCAUGCAAUGUGUAUCAUUAAUGGCUUUCUUCUUACUUUUGUGGCCAGCGCUUCAAUGUUGACGCUGUUAUGUUUCAGUAUGUAUCGCUGCUAUCUGGUCACAACAGUUCAAAAACGACUGUCCGCGGUGUUUCUGGGGAAGAUGGUCAAAAUCUCGGUGAUUGGUAUCUGGGUAUUGGCAAUUAUCUACGCAUGUCCGCCUUUAUUUGGAGGAGGGGAGAUAAAAUUAAUACCUUCGUUUUACAGUUGUCUUUUAGAUUUCAGUUCAUCAAAAUUCUACGCAGAGUUCCUGUUCGUGUGUGUUUUCACCGUCCCUCUGAUAGUAAUGAUUAUUGCUUAUGUAAGAAUUAUCAAGUUCAUAAUGAUGCACAGUAAGACUAUCAAGAAAAAUUCGGGAACCGCUCGGCGACUGUCCGUCACGUUCUCGGAGGCGUCCGUUGACGAAGCGAAUCGUUACACUGUGAUGGAAUUGAAGAGAAAGUUGGAUUUGAUGAAUAAAGGAAACGACGCGCAACAGAUGUUGCAAAGCCAACUCACUGACGCGCUGACGCAGGUUUGACGAUAUAGUUUAAAAUAUUUAGUGAAAUUAUUCUAUAAACAUUUGUGAUAAACCGGCGAAACAAUUAUUCUAAAUCGGAGCCUGCCGUCAACCGAUCGAAUAAUCAAUAAAUCCAACUGGCAAACCAAACAAUAAAAUGAUCAGUAAUCCGAUCAGAUAAUUCAAUGAAUCAAUAAUUCAAUAACACGAUCAACCAAUACGUAUGAAUUACUAAAACACUUUCAAUCAACAAUUUAAUCAAUGAAUAAUUCAAUGUAUCAAUAAUUCGAUCAAUAAUCACUCAACGAAUCAAUAAUUCCAAUAAUUCAAUACCUCAAUAAUUCCAUCAAUCAAUAAUUGAAAAACCAACAAUUCCAUCAAUCAAUAAUUCAAUGAAUCAAUAAUUCUAUCAAUCAACAAUUAAAAGAACAAUAAUUCCAUUCCAUCAAUCAAUUCAAUGAAUCAAUAAUUCCAUCAAUCAAUAAUUAAAAGAACCAAUAAUUCCAUUCCAUCAAUAAAUAAUUCAAUGAACGAAUGAUUCCAUCAAUCAAUAAUUCAAUGAAUCAAUAAUUCUAUCAAUCAAUAAUUAAAAACCCAACAAUUCCAUCAAUCAAUAAUUCAAUCAAUUUUAGGCACAAAAAGAGCAAACGGCAGAACAAAGCACCUCAGAAGAAAUACCGUUGCAAAGUCUCAAACCGUCCACCAUAAACGUUUCUUUCAAAUUGAAGUCAAAAGAGAACAUCGCUUCAUGUUCACAGGAAGACCCAUCCGACUCCAUAAGCGAAGAAGAACCGACAAGCGAAUCCACUUCAGACAACAAAAAGACUCAAGAAAGAUUCAAAAAGAUCUCUGUCAGUUCCGUUGUGCAAAAAUGGAAAAACAGGGUAAAUAAGCAAGACUUUUUAAAGCAAUAUAGAAAAAGAGUGUCCCAUCAAGCUCAUUUGGCGCGAAUACUCUUGGCGACGGUUGUCACAUUUCUAGUAUGUUGGUCUCCUUUUGCUUUCGACGCGUUUCUCCUCGGAGUGGGUUACACAAAAGAACGACCCAAAGGUUUUCAACUUGUUUCGCAAUGGAUGGCAUUUUCUAACGCACUUUGUAACCCCGUUAUAUACUCGCUGAUGAAUAGACAUUUCAAAGAAGCGUUCAAAACGAUCUUAAAUGAAUUUUAG